GCCAUUGCUGGGGCUCCGCCGCGGGGAAGAGGACGGUGAGGAGGCGCCGAGCAGCGCAGCGGGGCGGAGGAGGCUCCCGCGCCGACGGGGGCCCAUGGCCAGGACCACCAGCCACUUGUAUGACGCCGUCCCCAUCCAGUCCAGCGUGGUGUUAUGUUCCUGCCCAUCCCCAUCCAUGGUGAGAACCCAGACUGAGUCCAGCACAGCCCCUGGCAUCCCCAGCGGUGGCAGCAGGCAGAGCCCCACCAUGGAGGGCACCACAGCCGAGGCCCGGCCCGGUGCCAACUCCCUGCAGCAUGCUGCCCAGCCACCGCCACAGCCUCGGAAGAAACGGCCUGAAGACUUCAAAUUUGGGAAGAUUCUGGGUGAAGGCUCUUUCUCAACCGUUGUCCUGGCUCGAGAACUGGCAACCUCCAGAGAAUAUGCUAUUAAAAUCCUGGAGAAGCGGCAUAUCAUCAAAGAGAACAAGGUUCCGUAUGUGACCAGAGAGCGGGAUGUGAUGUCGCGCCUGGAUCACCCCUUCUUCGUUAAGCUUUACUUCACUUUCCAGGACGACGAAAAGCUCUAUUUUGGUCUUAGUUAUGCCAAAAAUGGAGAACUACUUAAAUACAUUCGCAAAAUCGGUUCCUUUGAUGAGACCUGUACGCGAUUUUACACUGCCGAGAUUGUGUGUGCGUUAGAGUACCUGCAUGGCAAGGGCGUCAUCCACAGGGACCUUAAACCAGAGAACAUCCUGUUGAAUGAAGACAUGCACAUCCAGAUCACAGACUUCGGAACAGCAAAGGUGUUGUCUCCAGCGAGCAAGCAAGCCAGGGCCAACUCGUUUGUAGGAACGGCGCAGUAUGUCUCUCCAGAGCUGCUCACGGAGAAGUCGGCCUGUAAAAGUUCAGACCUUUGGGCUCUGGGAUGCAUAAUAUACCAGCUCGUAGCAGGACUACCACCGUUCCGAGCCGGAAAUGAAUAUCUUAUAUUUCAGAAGAUCAUUAAAUUGGAAUAUGACUUUCCAGAAAAAUUCUUCCCUAAGGCAAGAGACCUUGUGGAAAAACUUUUGGUUUUAGAUGCCACAAAGCGGUUAGGCUGUGAAGAGAUGGAAGGGUAUGGCCCUCUCAAAGCUCAUCCAUUCUUUGAGUCCAUCACGUGGGAGAAUCUGCACCAGCAGACACCUCCGAAGCUCACGGCCUACCUACCGGCCAUGUCCGAGGAUGACGAGGACUGCUAUGGCAAUUACGAUAACCUCCUGAGCCAGUUUGGCUGCAUGCAGGUGUCGUCGUCGUCCUCCUCACACUCCCUCUCUGCAGCAGACGCCGGGCCGCCCCAGCGGUCGGGCAGCAACAUAGAGCAGUACAUCCAUGACUUGGACACUAAUUCUUUUGAACUGGACUUGCAGUUUUCCGAAGAUGAGAAGAAAUUGUUACUGGAGAAGCAGGCUGGUGGAAACCCCUGGCAUCAAUUUGUAGAAAAUAACUUAAUACUAAAAAUGGGUCCAGUGGAUAAGCGAAAGGGUUUGUUUGCGCGACGGAGACAGUUGCUGCUCACAGAAGGGCCACAUUUAUAUUACGUGGAUCCUGUCAACAAAGUCCUGAAAGGUGAAAUCCCAUGGUCGCAGGAGCUCCGGCCAGAGGCCAAGAAUUUUAAAACCUUCUUUGUGCACACGCCUAACAGGACGUAUUACCUGAUGGACCCGAGCGGCAACGCACAUAAGUGGUGCAGGAAGAUCCAGGAGGUCUGGAGGCAGCGGUACCAGAGCCACCCGGACGCCGCUGUGCAGUGACAGGGCCUGCGGCCGGGCUGCCCUUCGCUGCCAGGACACGUGCCCCAGCGCGGCUCGGCCGCCUCCUGGGACGCUUCCAGACCACCUGCCAGCCAUCUCAAGGGAACGCAGACGGCGGGAACUUGCAGCUUUUUUAUUUAAAAGAAAAGAAGAAAAAAAAAAUCCAACCACACAAAGAACAAAAUCAACAACUAAAAAGGAAUUCAGGGUCGCUUUGCUUGCUCUGUGUGCAUUAUGGAGGCUCCCACGUGCCCUCAUGGCCGUGGGGACCCAGCUCCGUGCACGGCAGCCAUGUUCCUGGCCGGAUUAGUGAACAGACGCAACGCCUCCACUUCUCUUAGCGGCAGUCAGAAUGCACACCGCACCCCCUCUUCCCAUGCCAACCCCGGGCUGCUGCUGCUGUGGCUGAGGGCACAGAUGUGUCAUUGGUUCUUUCUGCCCCCUCCCAGAUGAUCACAGAACCCCUCCCCUGGCAGCUGCCCCAUGCCUCUGCUAGGUGGUCCCCAGCCCUCUGUGGGCUGCAGGGGUCUUUGCUUUUGUGCGUGUGCUCAGUGUCUUGCAUCCCUCGCAUCUGGCCCUAGAGGUGUUGUUGGGCUUCUCUCAUGCCCCUGGCGUAGCUCUGAUGGUCCCUGCCGUCUGUUGGGCAGGCAUGUUCUUGAGGUGGGUGGUCCUGAGAGUGCCCAUUUUCCUCAUCCUGUGGCAUGGUGUCGGACGCUAGGGCUAGAGAGGGUGCUGUCCCUUGUGGGCCUGACUAGUGUCCAGCGGGGUCACUGCACACGAGGCGCAAGCCUGUCCCUUGUGCAGGGGAGGCCAGCAGGUUCUGCUGAGGGUUCAGCCAGAGGAGAUGACCCAGUGCCUGGUAUGGAGGGUGAGGCCUGGGCCCUUCCUGGGCGUCUCGGGGAAGGCUUAAUGAGCAGGCCUCCUGCACUGGCCACAGGAGGCCAAGAGAGAACCCUAGUGUUGGCCUGGGGUGCUUCACAGUCCCCUGCAGACGGCACUGGGGUGCCAGGCACCCAGCAUCAUGCGCACCCUGUUACUGUUGUGGUUAAAUAGUUCUCAGCUCACGCAGUUUUUACAUCUCCACGUUGAAAAUGCAGACACCUGCUUGUGCUGCCAGGCCAUGGAGUCCCAUCAGGGGGAAACUUGCCCGGAACAUUGUUCCUCACCAUCGCACAGGAGGCAAGAACAGUGCGCUUCACCCAGGUGCGCCCAGCCUGGCGUCCCCUGCCGGCUUUAGGGCCAUCCCCGUGGGGCCUUUGGCGAGGGGACUGCUCUGACACUGAUGCCUUGGGCGCAUUGGCCCUGCGCUUCCUGCAGGGAGAGCUGCUAAGGACCUGGCAUGGCUUGGCUGUCCCUCUCCUUCCUUGGGUUGUCCUAGAGGGCAGCCCUGAGCUGCUGAGGAGAGCAGCAGGGGCCGCGGCCUCCCAGGCCUCUCCUGGGGCCCCCGGGAGCGCCCGGCCUCGUCGUUUCCCACGUCCACAGAGGCAGCCGCAGGGCUCUUCACGGAAGGUUCUCCCCCGACUCCCACCUCUUGUCUGUCGGGCCCGAGUUGAGAGAAAGUUUGUUCUCAAGCUGUUUACCAAGGGUGGCUUAUUGAAAACUGGGGGCUUGGGUGGGAGCCGUUUCUGCCUGGGUCUUGUCCACACUGUGUGUGAGCUGUGCACCAGCUGGAUUGUGUGGAGGCCUCACCUGCCCUUGGUGUGCCCCGGGAGCAGGCCACCUAGGGCCCAGCACAGGGCCCAGGGCCUGUGGCUGGAGGCCCAGCUUCUCCCCUGGCUCUUGGAAAGGCUUUCCUGUGCUAGGUGAGUCUCCUUAGGAAUCUGUUCCAGCGCACUUCCUGUCGUUUUCCCAGAAUGCCCUGUGUCUGUGUGCAGGUGGCGGUGUUCCCACAGGUGCAGGAAGCUGCCGCCCCCGGGCCUCUGCUCGCAGAGAAGCAGGCAGUGCCGAGAAGGCCACGGCUUUCACGAGAGCACUUGGCCAGCUCCUCGGGGGAAAUCUGGUUGCGUUCUUCCCUCUGGAUAGCGCCCCUACCUCCUGAGCUUCACCUUGGAAACCGCAGACGUAGAGUUCAGAGGCGAGCUGACAGCUGUAGCGACCAGCCCUGCCUGUGCUGACGGCGGCCGAGCCCUUCUCGGGCCACUCUUCCUCAGAACCCCCCUCUUCCCAGCCUCUGUGUGAAUUUGUAAGGUCCAUGCAUAUGUUCUUUCCCAGCGCUUCUCACUUUUACCCAGCCACCCGUAAGGCCUUGGCCGGCACACAGGUGCCUUACACUAUGAGUAGUGUGGACAUACGAGUGUGGAUCAGUCCAAGAUGAGAAAGCAGUGCCCUGGAGUCUGAUGGUCAGGAGCCGGCAAGGACACGUGUCCAGGCGAGAGCACACCCUCCCGGCCCCUCCUCAGAGGAAACUGGUCGUGGCGGCUGUUACAGCCCACUGUGCCUUGCCUUUCCCCAGGGACACAGAGGAAGCCGGGGUGGGAGUUGCUUCCUCCUCUCUUUCUGUGGCCCGGCCAUGGCGGUGACCCCCGUGUGGAGCACGGAGCUGCUCGGCCCCUGGAAGGGUCUGCGUGCUGCUGGAGUUUGUCCCCCACUUGUCAAAUGUGUGCUCUGAGAAGGAUGGCUCGUGUUGCCAUGCCAAAGCUGAUGGGGCCUUCACCUCUGCCUGCCCCUUUGGGCCGCUUCUGUGGUAUGUGUGGCCUGUGCCUGAAGGAAUUGUGGAAAUAGCCCCAGCCAGCACACGGGCUAAUUCUGUACUUUCUUAAAAGUGACAUCUGUUUUUGUUUUUUAAUCCACUGUAGGCUGCGCACCCAGGGAAGACCCCUGUGGACGCUGGGUCUGCAGCCUGCCCCUCCCUGCCCCACACGUGUUUGUCUGCUGAACUGAACCGGGAACACACAACACGUACCCUUUGCGUCAGGCUUCUCUCACAAGCUUGUCUCCAGCGUCUUCCCGCGUCAGGACCCGUUCUUGGAAGACGGCUUCUGAUUCCCGUGGAGCUGACGGCUGUGCAUUUACUGUGGCCGACCUGCCCGCUCCCCUGUGAGACACUCAGAUGGUCCCUUGUUGAAAUAACGCUGUGAUGAAUGUGCUUAGAGACCUUGGGUUUUCACUCCUGUUUUCCCGCCCCUCGGUGCCUACAAGUGGUAUUUUUGGGUCAAAGAGUUUGUUCAUUUCAAAGAUGCUGCUCUCUCCUUGGACGCUUAGAUGCCCAGAGUUCAGGAACAGAACCCCUUAGUUGUAUCCGACAGAUUCUGAACAGACGCUUUCUGAUCAGCUGUGUGUUCCAAAGAAUGUCUCAGCAAGACCGUGUUUCGUCAGUGCUGAGGUGACGGCGCCCCUGCAGACGCACCUGGGGCGGGUUUUCCUGGAGCCGGCUCCCUUCUCAGUGCAGAAUCCUGCUAGGCUUGCAUGUUGGUUCUCUUCCUCCCUUGCUGCUAUGGCUUUGCAGGGCUUGGCGGUGUCUCCCAAUCCUGUACUUUGUGUCCACAACGGUACUGAAUUUGCAUCUGCACAGUCAGCAGAGAUAGAAAGUGUUGAACUGACCUCGCCGUGUGCUCGGUGGGUGGCUGGUAAGGAAGUUUAUAGCCUCAGGAAGUACACUGGGCCGUUUGGAAUCCGGAGCAGAGCCAAGGCCCCACUGGAAACCGUGUGGCUGAUGGAGUUUCACAAACUCCCCCCAGAAGGUCCCUGGUGGAGGACAGCACGCUCAGGCUUUCUCCAGCAGGUGCGGCUUCCGGGCCACCUCCCCACCCCCUGCCCACGGUGUUGCAGGCUGCCUCGUCGUCUUCAAGUCAAAACCACCCCAGUUUGGUUGCACCGUUUAUUUCUCCGCAUUAGCUGAGGCCCGUUGAUUGCGUGAGAUUCUUGAAGGCACCAUGCUCAGUGCUGGUCGACUCCCUCGGCGCCUGGCCCACAGACCUCAGAGCCCGCAGCUGCUCGGAGAGCUGUGUGCAGACGCUGUGUCCUUGGAGAAGUCACCACACUUUGCAUUGUGUCCUUUCAAACCUAACUGACGUUGACUGCACACAAGCGCCCAGCGCCCAGCGUCAGGGCAGGCGUCACUCCCCAGCCUCUGGGGAGGGGCCGGAUUCCAGCCGGGAGCAGAGGUGCACGGUGGGGAGCAGGAUGGCCCGCAGGGAUGCCUGCACUCACGGCAAACCGUCCGCCCAGGCUGUCCCAGCUUCUGGCUUGUGAAACCUGCUGGUGAAAGCUUCAAUGACGUUGGCAACAACUUAGCAACGUGGCGGGAUGACCAGUGGCGUGCGAGCGGUCCCUCCGGUCAGUGGCAGGCGGUCAGAACACGUGUAAUAUUCUCUCCCUGGUCUGUAGCUGUAACUGUGAUGUACAGGCAAAGCAAAAAUUUUUAAAAAGUAUGAAAACAAAUAAUGCAAUGAUAUUAGGAUUUACACUUUUGUAUUUUUAUUCUUAUAUAAGGUUAUUUGCCGGCUAUUGUUGGCCUCUAGUUCAGUCUGUUAUUUAAAUUCUAAUAUAUGAAUUAUUUGGAUUGAAUUCAUGUUCGGGGCCACGUUGUUGUAUGUAUUGAUGUACAGCCUUGAAUGUGAAUAAUUAUUGUAAACUAUAUUUUACAACCUUUUUUUUCCUGGCUUUAUUAUAUAAAUUUUCUAUUUGGUCAAUGAUUUAAUCAUCAUAAUUUAAUGAGUCUGUUUAUUCUCUUCCUUUCAAAUAUUUGUGCUGUAGAUGUAGUUACUGGAUGAUGAAUUUUCCUCGUACGCUCGGUGGUCUUGUAAUAAAAAGCAUGUAGCGUGUA